CCAAAUCAAACGUUCUCAGUAAGCAGAUCAACCUUCUACUUGAAAAUACUCCUAGCUGUCGAUCGUCGCUAUGGCAGCAGUAGUUCCACGUCCGAAGACGGAUGAACUUAUAGCAGCACUCCGAAGAGGUGAAACGGCUCUAGAGCAGAUAGCACGCCGGCUGGAGGAAGAAGCAGAGGGGCGCUUUUACAAGUCGGGCGAGGUGAACCCCGUCCAGCUGGUCAAGCGGAUUCGCAAGUUGGCUGGCGAGCUCCCCAAGCUGAAGGCUUCUUGCCAAGACCUGCUGACAGCAAAGCAGGUCUGCGAUGCGGCUGGCGCCGAGAGGCUAAAUGACGAAGAGUUCAACUCCUUCAACGAGAGCGUGGGCGAAUGGAAACUCAAGUUGCACCAGCACAACUCCGCUGCGGCCGUUACGGCAAUGCUGGAUGUUUCCCCUCACGCGUUCGUCAGUAAGCUGCACCAGCAAACAUAUUUCCGUGCUUGCCACGCCGCCUGGCGCAUCUCCCGCUCCCACCCCGCGCACACCGGGCAGCUCAAGCAGCACAUGAAGCAGUUCACCUGCCAGCAUCAUGGCAACGUGGGGCUCGCAUUAAGCGGUGAACAUAGUGACGGCCACUCAGGUCAGGCCGCUGGAGUACGACAUCGCGUUGGCCGGACGGCCGCCUCCGCUGGAUUACUCCCGCGCUGCGGGGGAGGCGGUGCGGCAGCAGCACCAGGGGCCGCAGCCGCAGCUGGCGGGGAGCGGUCUCCCAUCCGGGGCCGGCAAGUCCGAGACGAUUCCGCCAUGGCGACCCUUCAGCAGCUCCACGCUUGGAAGUGCCUGCAGGGCACGGCGGUGCAACUCGCAAAGCUUUGUCAGAAAAGGCAGCAGUGGCAACAGGAAGAAGAAGAACUAGAAGCCAUGAUGCUGGAGGAAGCCGUAGUCAGCGGCGGUAGUCAACGGCAGCGGCGGCGAGGACGGCGACAGCAGCGGCAACGGCAGCUGGAGGCUGACAUUCUGGCUGUCGAGGAAAACUGUCAGAACCAAAUCUUGGCAUGCCUGAGCGACAUCGAUGCGCGACUGGUGGCAGGGGAGCUCCUGGCGGCGGCGGCGGCGACGCGGGGCCAGGGUAGCGGCGGCAGCAGCGGCGGCGUCGCCAGAGACCCACGGGACACUCUUCUGGGGCCUGACGUACUGGCGGCCGCAUUGCCCUCGGACCCGUCGGGUCUAGUGGGUCGGGCGAUGCUGGUCCUCUUCGUCGUAAUGGCCGCCGCAAACUUCUACGACGGCGACAACGAGUCCGCAAAGGAACUUGCAGAAAAACUGCGCAAUGACGGCGCCGCGCUCACUGACGCCAUCCUGUCGUACCACGGCAUACCACCGCUGUCGUACCCGGAUCUCCUCGAACUCGCGAAAGUGCUUGUGGACCUCAAGGAGCGACAGCUGUCCGGCAGCCUGCCCCUGGGGCCCUUCCCGGAGUGCUGCGUGAGUCUGGCACUGAUGUGCCGCCUCGUACGGGCUGUACGACAGGUGGUGGAGGAUGUGGUCUUAGCCAGCGAUGCGGCUUUCUCCCUUGCUAUGAAUAGGGCUAAAGGCUUGGAGGGGGGAGGAAUGGCGGAGACGGCGGCAGCGGAGGGCAAUGGAGCUGCCGCCGCGGCUACAGCCCCGGCCGUUGUCACUGGCUUCGGAGCCGCUGCAGCUGGUACCGCUGCAUGUCCUCAGGGUAUCGCCAACGGGACAAGGGCUGCAGCUGGCCCUCCAUCCCCUCCCUUCGACUCUGACCCACGGGUCACAGCCAAGUUCCAACUCCACCUGAACGAGUUGCGCAGGGCCUCUUUUGGUAAACUUUUCUAUGACGCCAUGACGAUGCACCUGACGGCGCUGGACACCAUGUCGUCACGUGCACGGCGGACUGCCGCCGCCGCCGCCGCCGCCACCGCGUGGUUCCCCCCAGAGUACAAGCGAAUCGUGCAGAAUCUUCUGGAGGAUCUAAGGACUCGCGUGGAGUCUGUCGCAGCGGCGUGUACGGCAACGGAGAAGGAUGUGUGGGAAAGGAGGGAUGCGAAACAGCAACACCUGCAGGAAAAAGCUUCACGGCAGCAGCAGCAGGACAAGGCGCCGUCGCGGCGACAGCGACUGCAAGAGCAGCAGCAGCUGCAGCAGAGCCAGUUAAAGGAGCGGGGAGAGGGGGAGGGGGUAACCCGGGGGCAAAACGGGAGGUGUCGAGAGGGCGAAGAGGCGCCGGCGGGUGCGGGUGCCGCCACCACGGCUGCAGCACCUCUAGAUGCUGAAGUACCAGAAUGUGCCCCCCGCGAUGGGGGGCCCUCCGAUGGGGGGCCUCCCUCGGCAAUGCAGACGACAGAUGCACCGACCGACAAGCAGCAUGCGGUGGAGGUGGCGGCGACGGCGGCGGGGGGCGGUCGAGGAAAGCGGCACGUAUCUGUUCAGUCCAGCAGCGGUCACUGGUCCUUCUGGGUGCUGGAUGAGGAGUACGACAUUGAAGAAGUAUUGGAGGUGGCUCAGCUGCGAGUGAACGAGCAGCUGCACGACAUCGUCCCAUGGGACAGUGCUAAAGUGCCGUAUGAGCCCGGGAUGUACGACAUAUCCCCCUCGUCCGCAACAGCAGGAGGAGCCGCAGUGGUGGCGGUGGGUCCGUUGGAGGUCGCGGAGGCGCCGCUGUGUGCGCCGCGAAGGGCGGCAGCCGCCACCGCUACGGCCACCGCGGGCCCAUUGCCAGUGCCGCCAGCGGCUGUGGCUGCGGGGGUUGGGGUUGGGGGUGGCGGUAACCCGGACCCGUGGAGUAUGCGCUGCACCCUCGCCAGGCCGCUGCUGGAGGCGUGCUUGGAUGGGCACUGCACCAGCGUGAGGGCGCUGGGUGCCUCCGCCCUGCAGCUGACCCUGGGCAUCACCGCGGCCGCCAACUCCCUGAUGGGAGCGCACACGGAGAUGGUGCGGGCGGUGGCGGGCUGCAGGGGGCCCCGUCGGGGGGGGACGGCGGAGGGGGCGGUGGAGGAGCUGCUGGGGACGGAAGGCAGGCGGCUCAGCGGGGCGCCCAUGCUGGCGCUGACGGUACUGGCACAGCCGCCACCGCCCCCGGCUCGACUGCCCGUCGUGGCACCUGGCGGAGAUGAGCUGCUGCUGCACCUGCUGGAGGGUGCCCUGGGGUCGCAGCAAGCGGCGGUGGUGGAGUGCCUGGAUGGCCGGACGGCGCUGGAGGAGGUGGCGCAGGCCAUCACCCAGGUGAUAAUAGGUGUACGGGUAACUGACCCUUGCCCAGGGAUCUCGGAUACGAAAUACGAAAACGAAACGAAAUAA